AUGGCACCUCCGUGGGCUUUCCGCCUUGCCGGGGAAGCCAGGCCAGGGCAAUGCGCAGUAAAACUUCGCAGAAAACAAGGAACUGGCGAAAUGCAAACCCUAGCCCAACGGACAAUAGUGUGCAUGCUUACUCACAACCAAAAGUCCCAGGGGUGGAGCCCAUCGAGAAAAGAAAAAGAACAUCUUCUGGGGCCCAGUAUAUGUUCCUUGGCAUCUUAUGUUGACGUCAUGAACGCAUCGAAGUAUCGGUCGACGAAUCACUUUGCAUACCGAGCGAGCAAUUCUUUCUAUUCUGAAGGCCGAGACCACGACGCGCUCGAUGGGAAACGCACGAGCCAGCUGCUUAAAAAGUAUGCAAGGGGAUUCAAGGGCAUGGCAGAUAAACCGAGGGGGGACCACGAAUUCCAACCGCCCAUUAUUAAGUCUCCGAACCCGACCCUCCGUCAUAACCAGUUCCCAACGUCGCUUAUUUUGACCGAUGAGGAGGCAUUCAACAACGGUGCCGCACGCCCUGCCAUGUUCUCUUGCCAUGCUUCCCCCGCGGGACCACCCAUUGUUUUACUUUCUUCCCUCGUCACGGCUCGCAUCAGGAUGUUGAUUGGUUCACCCAGGCUGCAAUGCAGUCUGCACAUGGGAAGUCCAGGCCAUGAUGAUGGGGGUAUUCAUGAGACACCAUCCAUGAGGAGGUCCUGGCCGUCCUGUGGUGAUGACCGACCGCCUCCCCGGCAUGCCACCUUUCUCUUCAUCCAAUCCCUCAGAGAUUCCGAUCCCUUGUCGAAGUGGGAACAUGGGCAGAUAGGUGACGAGUUCUCCAGAGCGAACGGUCUGCAGAGUCUUAAGAGGGUCAAUGGAGUAUAUGUCUUUUGAUUCCCUGUGCCACUAUGUCUACCUGGGUAUACAGCAAAGUACCUUAAGGUAGUCACAACCUUUUCUACCCUGGCAGAGGCGUACUGAUAGGUAUUCGCACAAAGUAAUGGCGGAUACGGCGUGCAGAGCAGUUGGUAGAUAAGACAAAUAAGGAGUCAUUGCAAAGUAAGGUAAUUACUCUAUAGUCUGUACUUCGUAAUUG